AUGCCCACGGUCUACCCAUGGUUGACCCAAACUAACAUUGGCAACAUCGCAUGGUUCAACCCUGUGGAAGUCUCCAUGACAUUAACCAUACGAAAUCUGACACGACCUUGGUUCUGGCGUUUGAAUCCCACACUGUUCCAUAACAAAGCCAAGAUCCACACCCUGACAACAUACAUAAAAGAAUACUUUGACAUAAACAUUGAUGAAAACUCACCCCCCCUGCAAUAG